GGUAGUCCUGAGGUGUUCAGUGAUGGAGGGGGAGUCAGGUCUUCCAUCCAUGAGUGCCGAGUCUCGCUGUAUCCUCUGAAGUGCUGGGGCAGGCCGACGACACGGACUAUCUUCAAACCAGUUGAAAGAUACAAAUGUAAACUUGGUUUCCGACGGCUAUAACAAUCUAUACAGAGGACUGAGAGUCGCAUUUGAACGUUUUGGUUAGUUUUGACUUUGAGAGGACUGUCGACCGAAGUGGAGAUUGCGGUAAAAGUUUUUUCUCCCUCUAACGUACCUUCUUUUCCCACGAGUGCAAACAAACACCGCACGGGUGGGAUCUUCAGAUGAAAAACAGACGAACUCGGUCGGACAUUGCUUUGUUGGGUCUGUAAGUGAGUGUUACUUUACGAAAUCAUCUUGACGCGAUCUUGGGGACGAGCACGCGUCUCUGUAGAGUAUUUCCACUCACUUCAAAGAGAAACUGAGUAACAGCCGAGUGAUUUAUUGAAAACCCAUAAAGCUACGACUCAGGAAGGAAUGUGGAGAUGCGUCCAGUGAAUAUUUGGGAGCCUGUAUUUUGUGAACCUCUUAAUCUGAUCUGGGAUUGACUCUUUUCAGAGUAUUUGUUCCCGAAAGGAAAAGUUCUGAUGUCCUAGCUGUUUUUAUGGAGAGCUGGGCUGGAUGCAGAGUUCAGAUGUAGAUAAUCCUUGUUGAUGAAGAUGAUGAUGAUGAUGAAGACCAUGUUGCUGGUGAUCGCCGUACUUCUAACUCAGGCUCUUCAGUCCCAGGGCAGACCGGCCACCCAAGAUGAGAUGUUAGCCCUGGUCGAGCCGAUGCUGUACACUUUGUAUCCGGGGGACAAACUGGAGCUAAACUGUAAAGGUUUAGAGGAGCCACAGGAAGUUACCUGGACUAAGGACCACGUUCCCCUGGUUGAUGGAGAGCACACUCGCCUGCGUAACCAUCAGAUGGAGAUUGAAGCAGUAGAGCCGGCCGACUCUGGUCUGUAUGCUUGCUUUGCUCAGGGACCCAACAGCAACCAUACAGAUUACUUUAGUGUCAACGUUACAGAUGGAUUGGCUUCCACAGAAGAUGAUGAAGAAGAUGAGUCUUCCUCAGAGGAGAACAAGCUAUCGAGUGACCAGAAACUGCUUCCAAUGGCACCAGUCUGGGCUCAACCUGAUAAGAUGGAGAAGAAACUGCAUGCGGUUCCCGCUAGCAAAACCGUCAAGUUCCGUUGCCAGGCCAAUGGUAACCCUACACCAACGCUCAAGUGGCUGAAGAAUGGCAAAGAGUUUAAGAAAGACCAGCGAAUAGGAGGCUACAAGGUUCGAGAGCACAUGUGGACCAUCAUAAUGGAGUCGGUGGUACCAUCAGACAAAGGCAACUACACAUGCCUGGUGGAAAACAAACACGGCAGCAUCAAUCACACCUACCAGCUGGACGUAGUCGAGCGUUCACCGCACAGGCCGAUUCUUCAGGCGGGGCUGCCUGCUAACCGGACAGUGGUGGUGGGGAGUGACGUGGAGUUUGAGUGUAAAGUCUUCAGCGAUCCUCAGCCACACAUCCAGUGGCUGAAACACAUUGAGGUUAAUGCCAGUAGAUUCGGCCCUGACGGACUGCCAUUUGUUCGGAUCUUAAAGCACUCUGGGGUCAACAGCUCGGACACGCAGGUCUUGACACUGUACAACGUGACAGAAGAAGAAAGUGGGGAGUAUAUAUGUAAAGUGGCCAAUUAUAUAGGCCAAGCCAACCAAUCAGCAUGGCUCACCGUCGUUAAACACUUGCAAGCCAUUCCUCCGACUCCACUGCCAAACCAGACCUACCUGGAGGUGCUGAUCUACUGCGUGGGCUUCUUCCUCAUCUGUGUGAUGGUAGUGAUCGCUGUGCUGGCCAAAAUGCACAGCUCGGCCAAGAAAAGUGACUUCAACAGCCAGCUGGCCGUCCACAAGCUGGCCAAGAGCAUCCCGCUGCGCAGACAGGUGUCUGUGGACUCCAGCUCAUCUAUGCACUCAGGUGGGAUGCUGGUCCGGCCCUCGCGUCUGUCCUCCAGUGGAUCCCCUAUGCUCUCAGGGGUCUCCGAAUAUGAACUGCCCCAGGACCCUCGCUGGGAGGUGGCCAGAGACAGGUUGGUUCUUGGGAAGCCGCUUGGCGAGGGCUGCUUCGGGCAGGUGAUGAUGGCCGAGGCUGUCGGGAUGGAUAAAGACAAACCCAGUCGUAUCACCAAAGUGGCUGUCAAGAUGCUCAAAUCCGACGCCACAGAGAAGGACCUGUCAGACCUCAUCUCCGAGAUGGAAAUGAUGAAGAUUAUUGGCAAACACAAGAACAUCAUCAACUUGCUGGGGGCCUGCACACAAGAUGGUCCACUCUACGUCAUUGUGGAGUUUGCAGCAAAGGGCAAUCUUCGGGAGUAUCUGCGUGUGCGUCGUCCUCCUGGGAUGGAGUACUGCUACAACCCUGACCAGGUGCCUGUGGAGAACAUGUCAGUCAAAGACCUGGUGUCCUGCGCCUACCAGGUGGCACGGGGCAUGGAAUACCUCGCAUCCAAGAAGUGUAUUCAUAGAGACUUGGCUGCCCGUAAUGUCCUGGUUACUGAAGAUAACGUUAUGAAGAUAGCAGACUUUGGCCUGGCUAGAGACAUCCAUCAUAUUGAUUACUACAAGAAGACCACCAAUGGUCGUUUACCAGUGAAAUGGAUGGCACCUGAAGCCCUGUUCGACCGCAUUUACACCCAUCAGAGUGACGUGUGGUCUUUUGGGGUGUUGCUGUGGGAGAUCUUUACUCUUGGCGGGUCACCGUAUCCAGGUGUCCCUGUUGAGGAACUCUUCAAACUGCUAAAGGAAGGCCACCGCAUGGACCGCCCCUCCACGUGUACCCAUGAACUGUAUAUGAUGAUGAGAGAUUGCUGGCAUGCCGUCCCAUCUCAGAGACCCACGUUCAAACAGCUGGUGGAGGAUCUAGACCGCACUCUCUCUAUGACGUCCAAUGAGGAGUAUCUGGACCUGUCUGUGUCUCUGGACCAGUUUUCUCCAAAUUUCCCCGACACACGUAGCUCGACGUGCUCUUCCGGUGAAGACUCUGUGUUCUCCCAUGACCCCGGUGCUGAUGAGCCCUGCCUGCCCAAAUUCCCUCCUCAUCCCAACCGUGGAGUGGCGUUUAAAAAGCGCUGAGCUCCCUCACCGUCAGUUCCUCUCCAGUGUGCUACCUGGCCGGACUCGGCUCAUGAACCCUAGGAGACCAUGCUUUGCCACAUAGCACACUACAGAGCGGCCAAGAGCUGAAGAGCUUGGCAUGGACGCUAGUUUCACCGCUGGAAGAGAACAAACUGGGCCUUCACUGACCCCAUUACCUGUUGUUGCUAUAAAGCUACAGCACACUUGGGCAGAAAGUGGUACACGCGUGUUUCUCAAGACUCGUCAAUGUCCUCCUGCCAUCUAAAAUACAGAAAACCUUGUUUUCAAUUGAGGAACAGAAUGAUGGAUGUUGGGAGUGUUUAUAGCAAGAAGGACUUUUCUUUUGACCAAAUUCAUAAGAAAAUGUAUCCCACUAAAUGCUCUGCCCGAAUGUAUUUUAACAACGGGCACACAGAUGAUCUGACUGACAGCCUUUCUUGUAAAUACAUCUAGAAAUGUAUAAAUAUGACUAUAUAUUUACACUCUACCCUUAUUUUUAUUACACUAUUUGUUCCUUUUUGUACCCGGAUGAGUUUAUGUAGAACUUUCUGAAGUGUAGCUCUUUUGAAAGGGACUGCGAAAAACGUCCACGAGAAUUGUAGAUGAAAUUAUAUUAUUAAGAGCUGAUAGAUGGCCAGUUUUGUUUCUUGUUGUUGUUGUCCUCUCUCGUUGAUGCAGCUUGGCAGAAGUGGCUCAAAACUGCUGCUAUCUUCCUGAUGGUACUCAGUACUGCGUCAGACUUAAGCUAUUAUAAAAUAUAUGUAUUGAAAAGGUUCUCUUCUUCGCGUCUUAAGCAAGUCUGUAACAAGUCGGUGCAUUUUUGGAAAGAUCAUAGGAAGAAAUUAAAAUUCUCGAUGAACACAAAUAUAUAAAUCACCUAAAAUGUACCUCAGAGAGAAGCUAUAAAUGUUUAGCUUCAUGUAAUGAGAUGACUGUACAUUAAAACAAUGGUCAAAUGUGGGUUAGAUCAACAGAUCGCUUGUGUUACUCUACAAAAAUGACGUACAAUAAAAUGCUGUCACGAAAGCUUUCAUGCCACAUAAAGAACCUUGUAAAUAUCACUCUUGCUGAUGAGUUUACAAUGCGAAUGGUGUUUACAGUGAAACUGACUCUCUCAUUUACCGCAGGUUAGUAGGGAUGAUUAAAUAUUAUAAUGCAUAGCUUACAGUGUAAAAGCCGAGCGUAGCCGUUACUGUUUUAUUUAUAGCGGUGUGAAUGACCCUUCCUAGCGAGGUGCUAUGCUACAAAUGCAUCAGACGGGUGACACUGUUACCGUGGCGACUGGCUCCCUGCCAGCGGCUGAUGCAUCACAUUGUGCACUUGUGAACCCUGAUGCCCACUACCAGCUCAUGCUCCUGCAGCCAAGGCAAAAGUACCAGCUUUGAUUUAUACAGCUGAAAAUGUAGUUGAAGUAUACAGCAGUUUAAAUUUAACACUGUUUGUCAUGUUUAUGGGACGGUUGCAGUAAAUAUUAAUUAGCGGAACAUUGUUUUGUUCUGAGACGCAGCGUGGGUCAGCGGAUAUGGACUUGUGAAACACUGGUUGUAUGUCUGUUUUCUUCAAAGGCUUGCAAUUAUGAUUGGGAUUGUUGCAUUGCGGUUUCGACCACACCAAAUUUAUGGCUCAAAUGCAUCAAUAAAUGUAUCAGCUUUUAUUUUA